AUGGCAACUUCUAAUUUCGACAUUACUCCCUUGUCGGAAAAGCCUCUACCAAGAGAACCAUCUCCUGCCGAUAUUGAAGAUGGAUAUUAUCAACCCAUCCCUUCGCGACGCUGGUAUAAUCAUGUUUUCGACUAUCUCACUCCUAUGGCCUUGAGGAUUCGCAAUCAGCAGGCUCAUCCUCACCAUCCCUUUAUCUCACAAAGACCUCGCGCCUCAUCAAGUACAAAGCAAAAGGAAGACUAUAUCGUUACAGAAGUCGCCAUCUCGGAACUGGGAGCGGAGUCUGAGACUGACAAGAGACUCCGAAUUAUCGCCGUCAUCAAAUUGGCAUGCAUCAUCAUCCCUGUGACCAUUCUAUGUCUAUUUGGUCUUUUACACCUCGUGUCAUAUAUCUUCUAUGGCAAUCCUCUGCUUGUGGAAACCGAUCUGAACUUCCUGCCAGAUUGGGGGCAUGCAGGAAAGAUUGGAGAUGGUCUAGGACAUUAUCCUACUGAUUUUACUAGAGAUGUUCUGCCAAUCCCUGUUCACUCACACAACGAUUACUGGAGAAGGGUACCGCUGUAUGAGGCUUUACACUACGGAUGCACCGGAGUUGAGGCAGAUGUUUGGCAUAUUGGAGAUGAGCUGUUUGUGGGCCACAGCACAUCAUCCCUGACACCAAAUCGCACCUUCAGAAACCUCUACGUCAACCCUCUCAUCGCACUCUUGGACAAGCAGAAUCCUCAGACCUCGUUCGCCAACACUAAGAACCACGGAGUCUUUGACGAAGAUCCAGAUCAGACAUUGGUCCUGCUUGUCGACAUGAAGACAGAUGGUCCUGACACAUUCGUCAAAGUACAGGAGCAACUCGAAGGUCUCCGCUCAAAGGGCUAUCUCACUUACUUCAACGGCACACACACCAUCCCCGGAGCCAUCACAGUAGUCGGAACAGGAAACACGCCGUUCGAUCUCUUGACUGCCAACACAACAUACCGCGACAUCUUCUUUGACGCUCCCCUAGACAUGCUAUACGAGCCAUCACCAAUCUCACUCUCCGACACCAACAUCGACCCCGAACUCCGCAGCUCGACCGAAGUCGACGACUACCAUCCUUCCUCAGGAGGACAAGGCAAAACCGGUCUACCCGCAAACACCCCUGCCUCGGCCUUCAACAACGGCACAUCCUACUACGCCAGCUUGAACUUCAAAAAAGCCGUUGGCCACGUCUGGCGCGGACGACUCUCGCAAAAGCAACUCAAGAUCAUCCGUGGUCAGAUCAGAGGUGCCAAGAAAGCAGGUCUCAAGGCGAGAUAUUGGAAUACUCCUUCUUGGCCGGUUAGUCUGCGUAACCACAUCUGGCAUGUUUUGGCACAGGAGGGAGUGGGUAUGCUUAACGCUGAUGAUCUGGAGGGUGCGGCGAUUGAAGAUUGGAGACGGUGGAAGCGUGAGUGGUAUGCUUAG